AUGGCCCGCUCCGCCAUUGUCCAAGAAUACGCCCCUCCGUCCUCCGCACCCACCUUCUCCGUCGACCGCAAAGUCACCCACGAACGCCAACAAAAUGGCAUCUCUCGCCCCAAUGGAUAUCGCGUCUCCUGGCACGCCAAUCCCGCCGUCGAACCACACCACUUCGGCCAGUCUCAUCCCAUGAAGCCAUGGCGUCUGACCCUCACCAAGCAGCUGGUCAUGGCCUACGGCAUGCACCAUGCGAUGGACCUCUACCUGGCGCGCGCAGCCACCUACGAAGAGCUGGCCGACUUCCACAAAUCAGAUUAUCUUGAUUUCCUCAAGCAAGUUGUCCCCGGCGACAUGGAGAACCCUGAACAAAGCGAGAACAUCGCGCGCUUCAACUUCGGUGACGACUGCCCCAUCUUCGACGGCCUCUACAACUACUGCUCCCUCUACGCCGGCGGCACCAUCGACGCAGCCCGCAAGCUCUGCAACAACCAGUCGGAGAUCGCAGUCAACUGGUCCGGUGGCCUACAUCACGCCAAAAAAGCCGAAGCCAGCGGUUUCUGCUACAUCAACGACAUCGUCCUCGGUAUCCUGCAGCUCCUCCGCCUGCACCCGCGCGUCAUGUACAUCGACAUCGACGUCCACCACGGCGACGGCGUCGAACAAGCCUUUUGGUCCACCGACCGCGUCCUCACCGUUUCCUUCCACAAAUACGACAAGGAUAACUUCUUCCCCGGCACCGGUGGCCUCGACAGCACGGGGCCCACGCAUCCCCUCAACCCAGGCGCCCACCACUCCGUCAACGUCCCCCUCCACGACGGCAUCGACGACGAAUCCUACAUCCAACUCUUCCGCGACGUCGUCGGCUCCUGCGUCGAAGUCUACCGCCCCGGCGCCAUCGUCCUUCAAUGCGGUGCCGACUCCCUCGGCUGCGACCGUCUCGGCUGCUUCAACCUGAACGUCGCCGCCCACGGCGCCUGCGUCGCCUUCGUCAAAACCUUCAACCUCCCACUCCUCGUCGUUGGCGGUGGCGGUUACACCCCGCGCAACGUCUCCCGCGCCUGGGCCCACGAAACCUCCAUCCUCAUCGACGCCCAAGAUACCAUCGACCCUCACAUCCCCGAAACCGUCACCUUCCGCAACCACUUCGGCCCCGACUUCUCCCUCUUCCCACCCCUCUCGGAAAUGCGCAAGCUCGAGAACAAGAACCCUCGCACUUACCUCGCCGGCUUGCUCCAAUCCAUCCGCGAACAACUCCGAUAUAUCCAAGGUGCUCCGAGCGUGCAAAUGAGCUUCAUUCCUCCGGAUAUCCUCGGUCUUCGCGAAGAUACAGAGAAGGAAAUCGAAGAAGAAACGGCCAUGAUGGAUGAGGAACGCGAAGAACGAUCUGGUGGUGGUAGCUUAGGGAAGUCGAGUCGACGGAGAGAUUUGGAGAGAGGUGCUGGACAGCGGGGGGAGCUUUUCUGA